GUUAACCGCCCAUGUGGGUUAUAUUUGUAAAUAUGGAGUUGAUUGAAAGUGUUGCAGUGAGUUCUGUUUUAAAUAAAGAUGUUAAACAAUUUGGGAAGCAAAACAUGUUUGAUGAAAGCGAUGAAACCUGUUGGAAUUCUGAUCAAGGAUCACCACAAUGGGUGAAAGUUAAAUUGAGAGAAGAAACCGAUGUUAAAUUUUUCACCAUUCAAUUUCAAGGAGGUUUUACUGCCAAAGACUUAGUAUUCAAAACUGAAUUAAAUGGUAAUAGUGAAGAAAUGUGUUUUUAUCCGGAGGACACUAAUUCUGUUCAAAAAUUCAUAAUAAAACAACCAACAAAACUGAGAUCAAUGCUUUUUAAAUUUCACUCAAGCACUGAUUUUUUUGGCCGAAUUAUUAUUUACAAACUUGGUUGGUCAUGAUAGCAUUUUUUCAACCCAUAUAAUGUUAAUUUGUAACUUUGUAUUAUUUUCAAUAA